AAUCAGGUUUCACUGUCGUUGAUAUCAGCUGUUUAGUUGGUCGUUAGUGAAUCACUUUCCCUAUUUCGUGAUUUUGUUUCAUUAUUAUUCUCCGCUGAGGAUGACGCGGGAGUGCGAGUUUCUGGUGGUCGGUGGCGGCAUUGCAGGCGUUACCUGUGCCGAGUCCUUGGCCAUUUGCCGACCCAAUGCCUCCAUCUUGCUGCUCACAGAAUCCAGCAUUGUGAAGAGUGUCGUGAAUUUGGUGCCGGUGGCUCGAUAUUUGCACUCGUUUGAUGUGCGGGAGAAGGAUGUCUCUGAAAUGGAAGCCACCUUCGAGACCCUAGUAGAUGAACUAGAGCACAUUAACAGCAAAGAGCACUGGAUCCGAACCAUAACUGGUUUGGUGAUUAAGUAUCGCUUUCUGUGUCUCUGUACUGGUGGAGUUCCAAAACUAUUCUGUGGCCAAAUAGCAGAUCCCUUCAUCAUUGGCAUUCGAGACACGGAUUCUGUACUGGAAUUGCAGCGCAAAUUAACGGGAGCCAAGGAUAUUAUGAUCCUGGGCAAUGGCGGAAUAGCCAGUGAGUUGGCCUACGAGCUGAAGAAUGUAAAUGUCCAUUGGGUGGUGAAAGAUGCCCACACCACUGCCACCUUUGUGGAUCCAGGAGCAGCGGAAUUCUUUCAUCUGGCUAGGAGUGAAUUGCAUGCGAAGGAUUCUUCUCCGGUAACGGCCAUUAAACGGAUGCGUUAUAGUGAAAAUCUGCCCAGGGAGCAGGCUAGCAAGAAAGGAGCUGCUUUGGGUCCGGACUGGCAUCGCACGUUUGAUUUGAGUGGAGCAUCUGGAGAAGGAGAUAAGUGCCUACCGAAGAUUUAUUAUAAAUCUAGUAUAGACAGUUACCAUCUCGAUGGUACGAGUCUUAAAGUCCAAUUGCGACACGAGGAUGGGACUCUGGAGCAGGUGACCUGUGACUUUAUUGUUUCGGCUACGGGAGUCUUGCCGCGUACAUCCUUCACCUGCGAUUCUGCGCUCAAAUUUUCCGAGGAUGGCGGUAUUUCCGUUGAUGAAAUGAUGCGUACUAAUCUAGAGGAUGUCUAUGCAGCUGGUGAUGUCUGCACGGCCAAAUGGCCAGCAGCAAUGCACUGGUUCCAGAUGCGUCUUUGGACUCAGGCCCGGCAAAUGGGCUCUAUGGCGGGCAGAAGUAUGGCAGCCACCAGUGAGGGCGAAACCGUGUAUCAGGACUUCUGCUUCGAACUCUUUGGUCAUGUAACAAAACUUUUUGGCUACCCUGUAGUCCUGCUGGGUCGUUUUAACGGCCAAGAUUUGGAUAAGGACUACGAAAUCCUGGUACGAUGCACUCGCAACAAGGAGUACAUUAAGUUUGUUCUUCAGAGGGGAAAACUACGGGGAGCUAUUCUUAUCGGCGACACUGAUCUUGCAGAAACCUGCGAGAAUCUGAUACUAAACGGCAUCGAUCUGGAGCCCUACGGAGAUGAUAUACUUAAUCCAGACAUUGACAUUGAAGACUAUUUUGAUUAGUUUAUUAAGAGCUAGCUUAGGAUAUUAAAAACAUUUAAAGUAA